AUUUGGCAUUGCCAACAUCGAGCUUUUACUAGCAAAUUUUCUAUACCAUUUUGAUUGGAAACUCCCCUGUGAGAUGAAGAAUGAAGAACUGGACUUGACAGAGACGUUUGGCGUAACAGUUAGAAGAAGAGACGAUCUUCCUCAUGGAGAUCCUCCUCACACAGUGUUUACCCCUCAUGUUUGCCUUGUUUCUCUUUAUAUUCGCGGUGAUUAAGACUGUGAAAGUUCCUUCAAAUCUUCCUCCAGGGCCAUGGCAACUGCCUUUUAUUGGAAACAUUCAUCAGCUUGUUGGUUCACUUCCCCACCGCAUUCUCAAGGACUUGGCUGACAAGUAUGGUCCUAUUAUGUCCCUGAAGCUCGGUGAAGUAUCUGCUGUUGUUGUUUCCUCCCCGGAAUUUGCUCAAGAAAUAAUGAAAACACAUGAUGUCAGUUUUGCUGAUAGACCCCAUCUGCUAAGCGGAGAAUUGUUGGCUUAUAACUCUUCUGACAUUCUCCUGUCUCCAUACGGUGAGUACUGGAGACAAAUGCGGAAAAUUUGUACGUUGGAGGUAUUUAGUGCAAAGUGUGUCCAGAAGUUCGAGCCCAUCAGGAAAGAAGAGGUCGAAAAUCUCAUCAAGAUAGUCUCUCAGAAUGAAGGAUCAGCAGUUAACAUCAGUGAAUUGCUUUUCUCCCUGACUACUGGAGUUACAGCCAGAGCUGUUUUGGGAAAGAAGAUCAAGGAUACCGAAGUGUUUGCUUCGUUCUUGAGGGAAACGGUGGAGUUGUCAUCAGGUUUCGGGGUGGCUGACAUAUAUCCUUCACUGAAAUUUCUGCACUUGAUCAGCGGGGUUCAAGGUAAGCUGGAAAAACUUCAUGUAAAAAUCGAUAGGAUACUUGAAAACAUUAUAAGUGAUCACAGAGACAGGAAGAGCGGAGUCGAGCAUCAAGAUUUGAUUGAUGUUCUUUUAAGCAUACAGAAGCAAGGAUACCUUCAGCCUGCAUUGCCUGACAAAAACAUCAAAGCAGUCAUCUUGGGAAUAGUCUCUGCUGGAAGCGAAACAUCAUCAAUAACUAUGACCUGGGCAAUUUCUGAAAUGCUGAGGAAUCCAAGAGUGAUGGAAAAAGCACAAGCUGAGUUAAGAAAAGUGUUUGAUAGUGGUGUAGAUAUUGAUGAAACAAGGCUUCAUGAACUAAACUACUUGAAGAUGGUGGUCAAAGAGGCAUUAAGGCUGCACCCACCUACACCCCUUUCAAUUCCAAGAGAAUGCCGACAACAAUGUCAGAUUAACGGCUUUAACAUACCCGUGAAGACCAAAGUCCUUGUCAACGUAUGGGCAAUUGGAAGAGAUCCAAAGGAUUGGGCUGAUGCUGAGAGCUUUAUGCCAGAGAGAUUUGAAAAUAGUUCAGUUGAUUUCAGAGGGACGGAUUUUGAGUAUCUACCAUUUGGCGCUGGUCGAAGGAUAUGUCCUGGAAUGCUGUUCUCCUUACCUGCUAUGCUGCUGCCGCUUGCCCAUCUCUUGUAUCAUUUUGAUUGGAAACUCCCUGGUGGACUAAAGAGUGAAGAACUCGACAUGACUGAGGCUUAUGGCGUAACAUGUGGCCGUAAACAUGAUCUGUAUGUUGUUCCUACUGCCUAUACUCCACAGAAGAUGGCAAAAGCCAAUACUACCUUCUGAUACACAGCAUAAUGUGAUGUCAAGAGUAUCAUGUCGAGUCGACAAGUGCAAUUUAUUUGUUCUAUUCACCUUUUUAAUAAAUUUUUGAAAUGAGAAACUGCUGGACUGCUUAUCAGAAAUCGAGGUUUACUUAAGUGCCUAUUGAUAACUAUAUUAUGUUUUAUCUGGAUUUUCCUCACUAAGCUGUCACAUAUCUGUCAAAUAAGUUCAUCAUACUUUUUUAUCGCGUGUAGUUUGUCUUUUUUCGUAACAGAACAAAGAUCAUGCCAGUUUAUCUGCAGAAUUCAUCGCAGUAAACUAAAAUAUACCAGUGAAGGUAAGCCAUCAGAGAGAUUCAUCAUAGAUAGCUUCUGGAAGACAAUUGUCUUUCCAAGUUUCUGUUUUCAAUUACUGUUUCUGAUUGCUGAUGUUUUCAAUUACUGUUUCUGAUUGCUGAUGUUUGUGAUGAUUUCUGAUUGCUGAUGUUUGUGAUGGUUUCUGCUUGCUGAUGUU